AUGCCUGAUAGAUCUCCGCUAGAAAAAUGUCUCAUGUUUUUAGGGACCUUCAGAAGCCACCAAUUUCGCGCAGUCGGGGAACAAGGGGUGAAUUAUCAACUCGUAGACCUUGGACCGUCCCUUUUGCCGACUUCGAUUUCCGAUCCUGAGCCGACCAACAACCGAUCCGUAUUCCAUAGCUGGUCUCGCAUAAGAAGCUGGAAUGGCCACAUAGCAGCAGACAUAGAACAUCUGCAACACAUCUUCCGAAAAAGUACGACGUACAUGCGAGCUUCAAGUCGCGGACAUGUCGGAUUUGUCGGGCAAAUACUGCAAAGCCGCUCUGUUUCUGACGAUGUCUGCGUGGUGCUGCGUUACCACAGUUGCACGCGCCAAGAUGCAGCGAGAUUGACGUCGUCUGGCUUGAGCUUCGAAACUUUCAACCUUCUCAUCGUUCGAACCUUCCUCCGCUCUUCAUCAUCUCAUCGGUUAUCUCAUUGUCGUGAAGAGUCGCAUUCGUGCUAUGCCAAUUGGCUCGAUGCUGGGCAAAUCCCCGGACGCAGUCGAAAUGAUUGGUUUCUUGGCUUGUCGUUGGCAAAUGUGACGAUGUCUAGGCGCAAAGCCAUAUGCUGGUUGACACGUGCUGUUCCUGCGUACCUGCAAGCCUCCACUGUAGGUUUAUGCAUAUGCCGUCACAUCAGUACUGCGAUUAAGCGAGAUGGCGGACGGGGACUUUUUAAAGGGAUCACCGCCGUCCGCCAUCUCGCUAAAUCGCGCCAUCGUCGAUGCUCCGAUCGAGUCCGAUCCCAAGCCCAUGCGAUCACUUUUGAGAUGGCUCUAUGCAAGAGCGACCCUCCAUGCUUGAUAAUGGUUCAUUGCGAUAGGCUUCAGACGAUGGGUGACUCAAGUUUCCCGUCCCCAAGGCCCAUUAUUCUUUGCAGGUGGGCAAUCGGCAAGGGAGCAUGUCACCACCAAUCUCAUCAAUCACCACACACACCCCUGGGCGAGCGGCAAUUGACCAGCGUUCGCAUCGUGGCCUCAUAUGCUGACAUGAUCGGGCACAAGCAUAAUAAAAAUUUCGAACAAUCUCUGUUGACGAUCGGGCUUAUGAAGGAGGGGAGGAUCUGCCGGACCGGAAUAAGAGAGGCAACGAUUAGCCCGAGUGCCCCUUUCCCUGAACAAUGUUAUGCCAUCUACAUGUAUCUUGGAGGCGUUUCAGAGGCGGAGGGCAGCGGCACAGAGAUGACAGUGACACCAGGCGCGGCAGGCAGAGGCAGAGAGCGCCACAUUCAAGGUUGCAUAGUCGGCAGUUUUAGACCACCGUCUGUCCACAACGAUGAAGCGUUGGGAUGCUGCGGACAGCUCGCAUCACAGCAACUCGCCAACUUCACUACACGCAAGCCGCCAGACGUGAUUGCAGCCACUUUCCUGCAGGACAAUUUCGACGCCUCUGCGUUUUGUCUCGUCGCACGACGAUCGUGUGCUCGUGCUGUCGUGGAACACGCUGGCCACAGCAGCGGGACGGCGUACAGUAGGAGAGGCGAGGCGAGGCGAGGCAUGGAUGGGGAGGCUCGGGCGCCGUUACAGCCUUCCCUUCGUACAGCAACGGACAACGGCUCUUCCGAGGAGGAAGCACUCUCAAUCGCUGGUGAGCUCGGGUGCGGCGCAUGCUGGCGCUGGCACGUUUCCACAUGCCCGCACGGUGCACCGAAGGUCGAUGGCCACCAUCAUGUCCACGCUGCAUGGCAGGGCAGGGCAGGGCAGGGCAGGGCAGGGCAGGGGACGUUCAAUCUUGCCGGCAUCGAGCAUGCCAUGCGCUUCUGCUGCUGCUUCUGCCGCCCUGCAGGCCGUGUAACGCUAGCAUUUGAUGCUGAUGCUGAUGCUGCCUCUGAUGUGACGGCGGCGUGGUCGGCGCUCUUCUCGUACCUCUCGUUCCCGGCAGCCCGACCUUCUCGCUCCGUACUCUGUACGCACCUCCGAGAGCCCACUGCCAGCCUCGCGCGGGCCCUCCAGCCGCCAGGGAAUGUCCUGGUGUCUGAGUGCUACUGCCCCUCUAAAUUAGACCUUGCAACCACGCGAACCACUCCAGACGAAACGAGACGAAACAGGCCGCCGGGAGCAUUGCCAUUAUGUAUACGGACCCGCAGCCCGCAUCGCACGCGCUAUCCAACAGCUCUGGCCCUAUCGACUGCGGAUGAACAGCGGGCUAGGCAGGAUCACUACUCGAGGAGGACGGUCGAAAAGCUAACUGCCGAACAAGAGCAGGCGAAGAACGUCGGCACGUGUGAUGAGGCAGCGCAUUAUUAUUAG